GAGAGAGAGAGAAAGAGAGAGAGAAACACACUAAGGGGUGUGUCAUAGCAAUUUAGUUCCUCAAGGAAGUACAACUGAAAAUUAUCUUGAGACAGGGUGGCGAGCAGCAAAGAUAGAAGCGACACAGAGGGAUUUUCUUUUAUUUUCACCUGGUAAGAUGAAGGGAUUCCAUUAACGAGUGCUCAAUGCUGACAACCUGAGCCACGUGCCGUGGGGACUUAGACGUUUGACACAAAGGAGGGAGGGGGACUCUCACACACACAGGUAAGAAGGCUCUCAGGGCUUUCUCUAUCUGAUAACAACUCAACCAUGUAUUUUCUAUGCACAGAUACCUUUGACAGACAUAACAUACACUCUUGCAAAUAUAACACUUGUGUUAUUAUUAUAGCAAGCUUGUUGUUUUUUGUUAUAUCUUUCAAUACAGUUUAGGCCUAUGUGGAUAAAGUGAGAAGGAACGUGGUACUGAAGAACCAAAUAAGAUCAUGUGUGAAUUCCUCUUCGAUACUUUUCUAACUUACACUUGACUUGGGAGGCGUGUACGUACACUCAGAGUCAUGCUGGAACAGGUACAAACAGAACCCACCCCUGACAGACAGAUUUAUAACUGAGAAGAGAAACCAUCUGUGUCUGGUGGAGCUUGCACAAUCAAACCCUGAGCUGUGGACAUUAUUUUCCUCUACUAGCCUACAUGGAUUGAGAGUGCCAGAGAGCCAGUCAGAGCGAAAGACAAAGACAGGGAAAUGACACAGCAAUGUGUUGGACAGACAGUAAUGGGUAAAAACAAGAUUGGUGAUGAUUUUUCACCACAAACUAACUGCUUUGUUUCGCUUCCCUAUUAAGCCAGCAGAGUUGUGUGUCAGUCUUGAACAACAACUCUUCAAAGACUUUGAGAAACGUUACAAGACUGACAAAACGUGCAAAUAUUAUACUGUAUGAACACUUUUCAAUGAGAAACUGCCAGAAUCAAACAGCAAGCAUUCAUUGAAUUAACACUAUCAGUCCAACACCAUUGUUAAUGAAGCAAUACUGUUGUGAUGCCAGUUUUUGGUCCAUUAUUGUGCCGCAUGCUGAACCUGCUCAAACGGGACAUAGCCUGAUUUAGAAACCUAUACCAACUGAAUGCUGAGAGAGAGAAACUGGAAAGUUCCACACUUUUGUGAGGUCCUCAAUUGAAAAGAAAGGACCUGAGCUCAGGAUAAUGGCACCAGGAGUGUGUUCAAUGAGGUGGUAGAACUGCAUAUAUUCUCUGUUUCAUAUGAUUAAAAGUCAUGUCCAUCCUAUAUAAUAUAUUUCUAUCUGAAAUACCCUAAACAUUUCGCCCUUCUGAACAGACACUAUAUGAACUGGGAGGCCUCAAUGCCCCAUAAUACCACUCAAGUCUGGUGACAGGCAGUGGGUGACAUAAGCCUCCAGGGCUAGUGUUAGUGGAACAUGUCUGCUGGACCUGGUGGUUUGUAAUAGCAGCAGUAGUCACAUUCUGUCCAGGGAAGUGGAAGGGACUCCCCAAUUCCCCUGCUAAGCCCUGUGAGAGUCCAGAGGAUUUACCUACACACACACACACACGUACACACACACCCUCAGCAGUCAUCUAUGGAAUGCUAAAUAUUUCCCCCUCCCGCCCCGGCCCCCUGCGCAUAAUCUUCCAAUCAGCGAUCACUAUCUCCAAGUCAGUCAGCACAGCUCUUCUUGAUCCACACAACCUGCCCUCCUAACACUGGUCAUGGAAGACCCACAUUGCUUGGCUUUUCCUAUUCCUGAAUGUGUAAUAAUGUCUGGUUUGUUAUAGGAGAAGUUAGUGCUCUUCCAUCCAUAGCCUAAUGGAUAGCAACUCAAAUUAACCUUCUUGAGUGCUCUUUAAAUGUGUACAUGAUCAUUGUUGCUGUACUCCACAUGAACUGUGUACACAUAAAAUGCAUUAUCAGUCCGCCCUGUGCUGUCCAUUACAGGAGAGCGGUUUUUAUUGUACUCUCGGCUGUCGCAUGAAGACAACCAAAAAAGUAUAUUUAUACUGUAAACAAUUGACCCUUAGCAGACUAGUCAAAUAAACAGAGUGAACUUUCCUUUAAGCCCAGCCAAAGAGACAGCUGUCUCCAGCUGUGGCUCCAUAUUUUUGGAGGGAGGAUACAUGGCUGAUGGGUGUGCACGUCUCUCAAUCCCCACUGGGCUUUUCUGCACUGGAAUGAGAUUGAGAGCAAAUCUGAAAUAGCUAUCAUGCUGUUCCACUUCCAUUAUCAUCGUUAAGGGAAAUUAAUCUAAUGAAUGUUCCCACAGAGAGCUGAGGCUUUGUACUGGAACGUACCAUUAGAAAUGUGACACUGGGUAAGCAUGUAAUAAAAACCCAGUGGGAUGUCAUAUGGGAGAUGUGUGUUAGCUGAUUAUGGAACAUAGCCUAUUAGCGAGGUAUGCUUAUUAGUAUGUCAGGAUCAUAUGAUUUAUUGGUGGAAAAGUCAUUUGCAUUCAGUGCUUACUGCAUCAAUUGUGAGUCAGAUAGAUUACUGUCAUUUGGAUCACGCAUGCAUGCACGAGUGCACACACUCCUGGACCCGUAUUCAUAAAUCCUUUCAGAAUAGGACCAUUUCCUGUCUGUCUGAGACCCUUUGUGAAUACGGGCCCUGAAGCAAUUUAAAAAGACCCAUCUGUGUGAAAGCCUUGUUGCCACUUAAAGGAUGCCCCAAUGUAAGACCUUUGCCUAAGGGAGGAUUCCAAGCCAGUAAAUAUACACUCUUAGGAAAAAAAAAAGGUGUUAUCUAGAACCUAAAAGGGCUCUUCGGCUGUUCUUAUAGGAGAACCCUGUCCACAGAGGGUUCUACAUGGAACGCCAAAGGGUUCUUCUACCUGUAAGCAAAAAUAGUUUUUCCUAUGAACCUGGAACCCUUUUUUCUAAGAGUGAAGGAUAGCCAUUGGGUCUAGGGCCAUGACUUUCUCCAUUCCCCCUGUUCUGAUGCAAUCUAGGAGCACUUGUAGAAACAUGCCUGAGCUAUGCAGCCUACCUGCCUCUCUCACAUACUUGUCCACACAGGCCUUAAGUGGGGAUUCAGCACUGAAAUUAUCAGCACAGGAUGAUUGUGUAUGCUCUCAACAUGUAACAGAAACCAAUGGUAGGAAUUGUGUAACCUUAUAUACGUAGUACAUGCCCAUUUUUACAAUGUUGAAAAUCAAAUCAAAUCAAAUCAAAUCAAAUUUUAUUGGUCACAUGCGCCGAAUACAACAGGUGCAGACAUUACAGUGAAAUGCUUACUUACAGCCCUUAACCAACAGUGCAUUUAUUUUAAACAAAAAAGUAAGAAUAAAACAACAACAAAAAAAGUGUUGAGAAAAAAAGAGCAGAAGUAAAAAAUAAAGUGACAGUAGGGAGGCUAUAUAUACAAUAGAAUAAAGUGACAGUAGGGAGGCUAUAUAUACAGGGGGGUACUGUAUGAUGUCGAAAUGAUGUGGCCACAAUGUAAAGAUACACAAAUAACAAUUUCAUCCAUGUAUAAAGGCUUAUACUAGAAAGUGGUACCUUCUGAGCAUUAGAUUAUUUGUUACAUGUAAGCUAGGCCCAAUUCCACAGGUGUACCAUGUAACCUACUGUGUUAAUUUGAUAUUAAAUACAUCAAAUUAACAUGCAACACAGCUGCAGGACAAGGCUGCAAUGACACUAGUCCUGUUAAACGGUGUGUGGUGCAACAGUUUUGUGUGUUUACGUGAUGUAGGUACACUCAUGUCCUCCCAUGAGGGGUGGCUCUCUGUAUCCUCACUCCCCUGACAGGGACACUGGGUGUGGGGAGAGGCUGUAGCCUCGGUGGGUAUUACCCAUGGAACAUUCCCUGGGCCUAAUGUAUGUCUCAGUUGGAUUCUCUGUGAUACAAAAACAAAAAGCCCAGAAAACUGAACAGAGGGAGCUCAGCAGAAAUCCUGUGGCACAGCUGAGCUAUGAGUUAGAAAUACCAUAAUAAGCGAUCUCUGCUCACUUCUCUCUCCUAAACCCCAGGUAAGCAUGGAGUCAUUCAGCUCCAAGGAUAUGGCCAUGCAGGCCCAGAAGAAGAUCCUCAGCCACAUGGCCAACAAGUCCAUGGUUCAUAUGUUCAUAGACGACACCAGCAGUGAGAUCCUGGACGAGCUCUACCGCGUUUCCAAAGAGUAUUCAGGCAACCGCUCCGAGGCCCAGAAGGUGGUGAAGGACCUGAUCAAGAUAGCAGUGAAGAUCGGCGUGCUGUUCAGACACAACCGUUUUAGCCCAGAGGAGCUGAGUCUGGCCCAGGACUUCAAGAAGAAGCUGCAUCAAGGAGCCAUGACAGCCAUCAGCUUCUGUGAGGUAAACAUGCCGGCACCUUGUAUAACAGUAUCAUGUUACAGUGAGUUAAUCGAUCAUAUACCUCUAUGUAUUAACGGCCCAUUAGUUUCUAUGAAAACAGAUAAAAGAGGAUGACAACAUAAUAACAACAUUGUCAUCAUAUCUCUAUUUCCCACUUCUUCUUGUUCAGGUGGAGUUCACCUUUGACAAAACAGUAAUGUCGGAGAUCCUGACAGGAUGCAGAGAUCUGCUGUUGAAGCUAGUUGACUCCCACCUCACGCCCAAAUCCCAUGGUCGCAUUAACCACGUAUUCAACCAUUACGCCGAUCCCGAGCUUCUGACCCAGCUGUACAACCCUGACGGACCCUUGAAACCAAACCUCACCAAAAUCUGCACCGGCCUCAACCAUCUGCUGGAGGAGGGGACGUUAUGAGUGUGAGCAAGUCUAUGAUUGUGAGAGAGACACUGGGAUAUCUGCUUGGAGGGGUCUACUUAGAACUCAAGAGAGGACUGUGUGCAAGGACAGGAAGUGACCAUGCUCUAAAUCAGAACUGGCGAGAUUUGUGACCCAAGUUUUACUUGAUGUAGUCACUCACUGAUCUGUUAUUUUCCAAAAGGGUACUCCACAAAGUGAAACAAUAUGAGAAUAUGCAGGAUGAUGUAAAGUUAAUGUCUCCUGUUGAAUUGUGUCUCAAAGGAUGGAGUUCCUGGAAAGUCAGGAUUAGGCUAAGAUUGUGUCAAACCACCUGAUUUUUAUACAGUGGAAUUUCCAUCCAAGGUUUCACAUACUCAUUUACUACUCUUCCAGUUUUUCUGCUGUUUUUUUCUCUCUCUUAAGUUCCAUAUUAUGUACUGUAUAGGGAAAGAGAAACCUCAAGGAUUUCACAAUACUGUCUGACAGAAUGGAAACAAGGGUUAAAAGCAAGAGGUGAAAUAUAAGAAUAUAAGAAUAGAGUACUACCAUCUAGUGGUCUAGCUGGCAAUGACUCAGUACUGCACGUAUCAAUGAAAAAGGAAAAGCAUAUUUACAAAAACAGUGAACAUCUACUGGAGAUACAAGACAGUCAUUUUAUAAGACCCAAAGAGAAACUGUAUUGGAAUAUUUAAGAACUGGCUCUAAAAUAAUUCAGUCUUAUUUGGGCCUUGUACAUCAUAGGAUUGGAAAAAAAUAAAAAUGCCUGGAGCCUUUUCUUUAUGGUCUAUUUGUGAAUAUAUUGACUUUACAUCUUUAGUUAGUGUUAUUAAAUGUACAAUAUGUGCAAUUUAUCAACACAUUAACAACAAUGUGAUACAUACACUACCAGUCAAAGGUUUGG